AAAAUAAAGCCAAAAAACUGCGUGCCAAAACUCACCUGUCACCAAAGAAAUUUUCAUUCUUCACCACUCAAAAUUCUCCAAAUUUUGUCAAAUAAUCGACGAAGCCAAAUAGAGGCCAGUUUGUCAGAUAAUAUGAGCAUGGUAGUAAGCAAAGGUCAUAAAAUUGCAGGAAAUUCCGGGCUCGGAAACUACAAUUUCUGAACUCAGAUUUUCUCUGUAGAUGCUUUUGAUUUCUCUUAUGGCUUCUACUUAUAAUGGCUGUCCUCCUGGACUUCUAUUCCACCAAGAGCAACCAAUUUCCAGGCCUUUCAAGGAUUUCCCGCAGCUUUUACCAACCACUGGACCGAGGCACGAGGCAGUAAGAUCAACCACCUUUUCUCUGACACCUUACGAGCAUGAUGAAUAUUCAAGAUCCGUGGGUGGGUUAGAUGGAUAUAGCCAAUUUAUUAGGGCUGCUCCUAUCAGAAGAAUGCCUCUGUUUGGUGAUGCUCAAGAUAAGCAAGCUGAUUACGACCUCUUCAGCAUAGAUGAACAAUUGACGAAGCAUCAAAAGUUGUCACCAUUUUUAAUGUCUGGAUCAAAUGAGUUGGAAAGGGAUUACCUAGACCCUUCAAUAUUCCCAGACUUGGUGAGGAUUCAAGCACCAACUGCUGAUAUGCACCUGCUACACCUUGCUAAUUCUGAUCUGGUCCGCGAUCUUCCUUCUUCGACGAUAUCAGUUCAUCCUGAUGGGCGAAUUUCUUUUGUUGGUAGUAUGACUGAUAUGAAGGAUCUGGCUUCAGUUCUAGAAGAGCUUAAAUAUUCAAAGGAAACAGCACGGAGAAAGCAGAUGGUUGUGCCUUAUUUCAGAUGGAAAGGUGCUGUCAAAUUGCAGGAUCGUACAUACUUGUCUCCUUUGAAGCUAGACUCCUUGUCCGUUGCUCCCCUUAAGAGUCCUGAGAGAGUUAAACGGAAGCCAUCUUCAAAGAGGAAGAACAAGAGAGCAGCCAACGACAGGGAUCUUUGCAAGGUCAACUCUUUUCAGGCUUGUGAGAUGCUUCUAUCAAUAAUGAUGGAUAAGAAACGAAAUGGGAAAACAGUGACAAACUUACUGAAUAAAGCUGGUCCUGCACUACCUCUACUGUUAACUCAGUUCUCUGCCAGCAUCACAGGAACCGGACUUGCUGUCGUUUUCUUUGUGAUCCAUAUAGUAGUUUCUGGAAGCGUACCUUUCUGCGCAGCCAAUUUCCUGACCUCUGGGUUUGGUGUUGGACUAUUUUGUCUAUCUUGGGAAGUAAAUAAGUUGAGAAACACAAUCAUAAACAUUGGAAAGAAUUCUAUGAAAUUAGAAUUUGAAGAGGAAGAAAUGAUGGUGAGAGUGGACAAGAACGUGAACGACAUUUUCUUCCGUGUUGCCACUUUGAUGGCAGUGUUAAUAUUACGAUUUGCACGAAUGUGAUGAUGAUGUUACAUGGAUUGGAAUCUGAACCUCAUAGUCUCAAGGUAAAUACACUUUCAGUGGCAUUCUGGCAUCUUUUGUUCGAUUUCUUUGUUGUUGAUAUUUCAAGUAUCUUCUGUUGGGAAUAACUGUCCAGAAAAUGUUGAAAAUUAUGCAUCAUGCAGUUACCAGAUUGUAAGAGGAUCUAGCACACGGUAUUUUUCUCCGGUUCAUCGGGCGUUUCACCCUCCUAUUUUAACUAUGUAACACAAGUGCAAGAGGGAAUCAAGAGAAUAAACAGGACAUUUUUGUACAGUAGCAAAUUAGCAAUCUCUGGUUUUUUUUUAAAACUAUAUGUGGUUUGAAGACUGUUGCUAAAGUUGGCAAGGCUGUUUAUAGUUAAAGGUUCGUACUUAGUCAGUUCCUUAAUAGAUAGAAGUACAUCAUAUUGACCUAUCGCACUAUUUAUUUACCGAUUUCUACCACAUUUAUUACUUAUAUGGAAAAUUAAUUUUUGUAUUUUUAAUUGUUAUUGGGUUAAUCUCAAUAUAUAUUCAUCUUAUUUGUAUAAUUUUUAUUUAUAUGUAAUAUAAUAUAUUAAUGGUUAAAGUUA